CAGAGAAUAUCAGCUCGCUAGCUCUCUCCUCCGCCCGGUAGUCCGGAAACCGCCAAUAGGGUUUAAGCACCGCCGGCGCGAUGGGCGGUGCCACCCGGUUCCUCAUGCUCCUCGCCACUCCCUUCCCACCCCGGACUCCUUCCCUCCUCCGCCUCGCCCGCCGCCACCACCACUACCGCCACUGCCCCUCUAUCACUUCCUUCUCUGCUCCCCGCGUCCUCAGCGGCUCCUCUCAUCGGAUAGAAUCGUUUCGGGUGAAGUCUUCCUCCUCGCAGCAGCUCCACGCUCAGGCUAGCACUUUCAGAGACGACCCCUUCGCGGACUCUGCUCCCCCAGUUACCCCGGAAGCUCAUCAUCCGUGGCCAGAGUGGCUCCAUCUCAUCGGCAAUCUAUCCGUCGGCGGGUACGUGAGGGUAGGAUCCAGUGCGUUGGCACCGGAGAUUGGGUUCGAGGAUGAAUAUGCGGCGGGCGUUGAUUUGCCGGAGGAGUUUCUCAGUGCUGCUAGGGCUUGCUUGGCUUUUGCUCGUGACCGGCCUCAGCUAAUACCGGCGCUCCCCAGGAAUGAUAUAGAGAUUGUUGUCAAUAACGGAACCCCAUUUCUGUUCAAGAACGCCGAUGAUUCGAUAAGGAGAAUGAGGUCGUUUCUGAUCAGCAGUGAGGGAAUGGUGGCAGAUUCUGAUAAAGCACAAACCGUUGAUCUGAUGAGGUUUAUAUUGAGUUAUGCCAGCAAUCCCGUGAUUCAGGAUGCAGCCAGUUUUAGUAAUCAGGAACUUGUUGCAUCAUCUGUGAGGAACCUGAUAAAAGAGCUGGUGAAGCUGAGUUCCACUUCUUCUGGGCCCAAAUUUACUGAACCUGUUCAGAAUCAGUUUGCUGGUAGAUAUGGACAGGCACCAAGGUCUCGUGGACAAAACAUUGAAAUGAAAAGAGGGGAUUGGAUCUGUCCAAGGUGUAAUUUCAUGAACUUUGCAAGAAACAUGAAAUGCCUUGAAUGUGAGGAAGCACGACCGAAGAGACAGCUGGCAGGCGGGGAGUGGGAGUGUCCACAAUGCGACUUUCUUAAUCAUGGAAGAAACACGGCAUGCUUAAGAUGUGACUGCAAGCAUCCUGGAGGACUAUCACCUAUUGGCUCAGGCUAUGGUGCUGGGAGCUCUGCGGACAGGGCUGAUCUUGAGAGCAGGUUAGCCGCCAAUGAAGAGAAGGCGCAGCGGUGGUUUAGUAAAGUUUCCCAGCUCAACAGCACAUCUGAUAUCAGUAGUGCCAUUGCGGAUGAAGAUUUUCCUGAAAUCAUGCCAUUGAGGAAAGGUGUUAAUAGAUUUGUUGUGAGCACAAGGAAGACACCGCUGGAGCGGAGGUUGGCUAAUGCCCAGUACAGUAGAAACUCAAGCAAUGGUGGAACUCUUACAACGGGGGAUGCUAAUAAGACUGAGGACUCGUCAAUCUCCAGAAGGCCAGAUGAUGUAAUGGGCCGUAAAUCUGAGGAUAAAAUGAGUGCUGACGUCGGGAAUAAUAUAGCAAGAGAUAAUACCCCUCCAUAUCCGAACUCGCCUCCUCCACAGCAAGGAUACCCCCGAGGAAACAAUUCCAGUUAUGUUCCGUUUGUACCUCUACCUGCAGAUAUGUUUGCGAAGAAACCUGAAAAUUCAGCAGCAGAUGCCAGGAAAACGACAGAAGAAAGGAGCAUUUCUCUUGGUUCGAAUACCAUAGGACAGACAUCUGCUGAUGCGAAUAGUCCUAGUAAUAUUUCGGGAGAGAAAGACAGGGAACGGGAAGAAAAAUCAGAGGGAUGGUUUAAGAGAAUCACUGAGUUGCACGAUUCACAAGAUUUGACUGCUGCCAUUUCGAAUGAAGACUUCCCUGAGGCCAUGCCGAUGCGGAAGGGAGAGAGCCGGUUUGUGAUCAGCAAAAAGAAAGAUAGGUCUCUAACUUCUCCGUUGUACAAGAGGCGGGCUGCAAUGGAACAGGCAAGCAACUCGAACUCCAACUAUGUGCCCUUCGUCCCAUUUCCACCCGACUAUUUUGCCAAGAAGGAAAAUCAACAGUCCAAUGUGGAAAAUACCAUCGAUAAAAGUGCCCAUGAAUAUCUGUCGCCUUCGACAAGACCCCAAGAGCAAAAGAUAGAAAUCCCACAAGUCAGUUCAGGAAAUUGGGACAUGCAAUCUUCAAUAGAGAAUGCCCCUAAUAGGGAAGCUGGUAUUGAGAAUUCUACCCAAGAAUUUGGGGAUUCUCAGGCGAGUUCAAAUGUUAGCAUUGUGAAUGAGACAACAAAUACGGCGACUAGUUCAACCCAACAAUCAAGGAGUUAUAGCUGGAGCGGAAAGAGCUUAGAGGGCUCAGCGGUGAAAGAACCCGAUCCAUUGGACAUGUCAGAGGAGGCGAAGGCUGAGAGGUGGUUCCGACGAGUCGCCCAGAUCAAGGACAUAUCAGAGCUGAGCCAAAUCCCCGACGAAGACUUCCCUUCAAUAAUGCCGAUGCGGAAAGGAGUGAACAGGUUCGUCGUGAGUAAGAGGAAGACGCCGUUGGAGAGGAGGCUGACUUCUGCUCAAUACAGAAGGAAUCUUCCGGUUGUUAGCUCGGAUCCAAUCAAGAAGGACACCGACAGUAAUGGAAACUGAAUGAAUGUUCUUGAUAAAUUUUGUAAUUUGUUAUGGAAAAAAAAAUCUUUUUUGAUGUUGUUACAUGAUCAACUCUUAUUUAAUUACACCCUCGUCCAAAUAACAAAUUUCUAUGUACAACCACAA